CAGGAAACGAAUAGUGGUUUAGGUCUUUUCACUUCAUGCAGGAACCUGACGAGACAUGAAAAAUAUAAUUUUCUUCUGUGUACUUUGGUUUGGAUAUAUGCAAAUCCCAACCAGUGAUGCAUCUAUAUCAAUACAAGGAUCUUCUGAUCUGCUGAGAGUUCAGAAGGGAGAAAGCAUCAUUAUGAAAUGCAACAUGAGAAACCGAUAUGAAAUCGCCUGGUAUCACCUCAGAGCUAACCGAUUCAAUCUGUUGAUUUCUGCACAGACUGACAUAACAGGGAGAAAAUUUCUGACCACCUACAAUCUAUUCCAAACUCGUCUGAAAAUCGCUGCAGACACAUGGAUCACCAGAGCCACGCUAGAGAUUUCUGGAGUAACAGAGUCAGAUUCAGGUCUUUAUUUCUGUGGAACAAGAUCUAACACUACAGAGAUGCACUUCGAUCGACCCAUCAGACUAGAGAUCGAGGGUCAACAUGCCGAGGAUCUGAGUACCGAACUGCCAAAAGAAGCUGACAACACAGAUGAGGUGACGCUGAUGGAGCGUGUGCUUAUGUUUGGUGGUGCUGGACUUGCUGCGUUUGUGUUUUUUCUGGCUACAGUCAUUGCAGGAGGACUCCUUCACUAUCACGGUUGGCAGAAAGGAUGGAGCGCAGCCAAUCAUGCUGGUCCUGCUGAUCAAAAAUUACCUAGAUGACACAUUUAUGUGCUUUAUUUUAAAGACGCAAUAUAUCGCUGGGCCCGUAUUCACAAAACAUUUUAUCUUACCACUAAGAGUUCUCCUAAAUAGCAGUAAAAGUUUUUAGCUAAGAGUUUUCUCUUAAAA